CUCUCCUUCUCCAUCCCUGCAGACCGUUCCUGUUCCCGGACUGGCUGAGCCGCGCGUGCACGUCUCCCAGUCAUCCUUGGACCCAUGAUGCUCUCUCAUCUCACCUUCCUCCUGCUGGCAUGCGUGGCUGUGCCCAGCUGUGCCCAGCGUCCACAGAUUCAGCUGCGGCUGGUGGGGCCCAGGAGCCAAGUAGGCGAAGGGCGGCUGGAAGUGUUGUACAAUGGGCAGUGGGGCACCGUGUGUGACGACGACUUCAACAUCCAUGUGGCGGGCGUGGCUUGCAGGGAGCUGGGCUAUGAAGGUGCCGUGAACUGGGCGCACAGUGCCAAGUAUGGCCCAGGAGAUGGCCCAAUCUGGCUGGACAACAUGCGCUGCUCUGGCACAGAAAGUUCCUUGGCUGAAUGUGAAUCCAAUGGCUGGGGUGUGACAGACUGCAACCACAACGAGGACACUGGCGUGAUCUGCACAGGUCCACGCCGACCCAACCCAGCUACGGCACGCAUCCAGGACUCCAGAGUGGAAGAGGUGCGUAUCAAGCCAAUCCUGGCCAGAGCCAAGUUGGCUUCCCCAGUCACAGAAGGCGCCGUGGAAAUGAAAAUCCAUGGGCGUUGGCGCCAAGUUUGUGAUGCCGGCUGGACGCGCAACAACACUCGAGUGCUGUGUGGGAUGCUGGGCUUCCCCCAGGAAGGACGAGUCGCUACAGGCUUCUACAGGAAGCUCUGGAAUCAGAAGCUGAAGGAUCCACGGUCCAGUUUAAAGAGCCUGACCGCAAACAACACGUUCUGGAUCCACCGGAUCAAGUGCCUGGGCACGGAGGCCCAUCUGGGUGAAUGCAAGCUGCAUGUACCUCCCCCAGCUAGGAACCAACCUUCCUGUCCCCGGGGCAUGCAUGCCCUGGUCAGCUGUACAGCAGGACCACAGUUCCAGCCUAGCAGAGCCAAGCUGCCUGGCAAAGCCAAGCCCAAAGAGGAGCAGCAGGUUCGUCUCCGUGCGGGCGCACAAGUAGGCGAAGGGCGUGUGGAAGUGCUGGUGGGCGGCCAGUGGGGCACUGUGUGUGAUGAAGACUGGGACCUGCCUGCCGCCAGUGUGGUGUGCCGACAACUGGGAUAUGGCACGGCACGAGAAGCUCUUUCCAGGGCUCAGCUGGGCCAAGGCCUGGGUCCCAUCCACUUGACAAGAGUGCGGUGCAGGGGCUAUGAGCCCUCGCUGGCAGAGUGCCGCUCCCAAGGGGCGAUGCAGACGGGGUGCCGUCACGAAGCAGAUGCGGCUGUUCGCUGUAAUGUGCCCCAGACAGAAGCUCGGAGCCAGGUACGCCUGGCCGGUGGGCGCACUCCAGAGGAGGGCGUGGUUGAGAUCCUGGUUUCCAAGGGAGGUGCCUUACGCUGGGGUGCCGUCUGCGGGGAGCACUGGGGACUGCAGGAAGCCAUGGUCGUGUGCCGGCAACUGGGGCUUGGUUUUGCCAGCCAUGCUCUCCAGGAGACGUGGUACUGGCAGGGAAACUCCGAUGCUGCCAAGGUGGUGCUGAGCGGCGUGCGCUGCAAAGGCACCGAACUCUCCAUCCUGGAGUGCCAGCACCACGGGCCUGUGCACUGCCCGUCCGGAGGGGGGCGCUUUUCUGCCGGAGUCACCUGCACCAGCAGUGCCCCAGAUCUGGUGAUGAAUGCCCAAAUAGUGCAGGAGACCGCCUAUCUAGAGGACCGCCCACUGAGCAUGCUGUCCUGUGCGCACGAGGAAGGCUGCCUUUCUGCCUCUGCCGAUCGGAUGGAGUGGCCCUAUGGGCACCGGCGCCUGCUGCGCUUCUCCUCGCAGAUCCACAACCUCGGCCGGGCUGACUUCCUUCCAAAAACCGGGCGCCACGCCUGGAUCUGGCACCAGUGCCACAGGCACUACCACAGCAUAGAGGUUUUCACUCACUAUGACUUGCUGACUCUCAAUGGCUCCAGGGUGGCUCAAGGACACAAGGCCAGCUUCUGCCUGGAGGACACCAACUGCCCAGAUGGACUGCAGCGGCGCUUUGCCUGCGCCAACUUUGGAGAGCAGGGUGUCAGCGUAGGCUGCUGGGACACGUACAGACACGACAUUGACUGCCAAUGGGUGGACAUCACCGAUGUGCCAAGUGGGAGUUACAUCUUCCAGGUGGUUGUGAAUCCGAAACACGAGGUAGCUGAGUCGGAUUUCUCCAACAAUGUCCUUCGCUGCCAGUGCCAGUAUGACGGACACCGCAUCUGGCUGCAUGGGUGCCAAACGGGCGAUGAAUAUGGAGCCAACAUAGAAUGGGAUGAAGAGGCACAGCAGAGACUAGCCAGCAACUUGGUCUGAGGCAAAUGCGGUGCAAGGAAUUCAGGUUCUCAACUCUUCCUGGGCCCAGAACCUGCUCAAAACUCAGAGCAAACAGCAGAUACCAGCUGGCACAAAAAUGAUAGCUGAAAGGAUUGUCUCCAUGCCUCCCUGCCUCACCACCAGCCUUGGGGUGACAUGCAGCAGCAACAACAACUAUCCUUGCAGUACCUGUUGCCCCUUGGCCUGCUUAUCACAGCCCAGCCUGCACGAUCUGCUUCCUAUUUUUACUGAGGUUGGCAGCUACGGACAAAGAUGGGGCUGAAAUGAGCUGGGAGGCUAUAGAGUCUUCUCUCUCCACCCCCACCCCUACCCAACCCAGGCCAAGAAAGUAGCACUGCUAAGAAGAGGCCCUUUCCUCUUGCCUCUCUGGCAGAUGGGCAUGGGAGCAGCCCAGCCCAAAGCGACUACCUCAACCAGCUCCAUCCGCUGAAGAAUUCUGCCUCAGGAGCCCAUGUAUUGGGGGGGGUAGCCCUGUUUGCUGGCUAGUCCCACAGGGACUCUACCACUGGCAUGGAGGAGCCACCUUCCUGCCCAUGGGCACAGAACCCUGUGACAUAUCUCUGAGUCCGAGGGAAUGGAUGCAGAGGGAAACCAGGCGUCUGGGCCCUCGCCUGCUACACACUCCACCCGGGACGUUCCUGAGGCUUAAACUUUAAGGGAUUGGGGAAGAGGGUCUGGUGCUAUCUGUGGAGUUAUUUAAUGUGCAAUGAACUGUGAUGGCCGACAGCAUGGAGGGCAAACGCCCUGUGUAGGGGGGGUCACUUGGUCACCUCAGGGAAGAGUCCUCGACCCCACUCCACAAGCCCAAGCGCCAAAGGGCUCUCCGUCUCCACAUUUCAUAGAGCUUGUUCCUGCCAAUAAAGGUUGUG